AUGUCUGAAUCACACGAACAACAACCACCAAUGGAGGAAUAUACAGAGGAAGCUGCUCCACCGGCAGAGCCUCCCGUAGUGGAGCAAGAGCCACCUGCGGAAGAGUUGCAAGAACCUCCCCAUCCAGAAGAACAUGGCGAGGUACCUCCACAGGAAAGAGAGGAGUUGCCACAUGAGAGACACCCCAUGGAUCACGGAAUGAUGGAAGAACACCACCACUACCCAGGUCCUCAACCGUAUUACCCACCACCACCUCAGUUGGAGGGCGAGCUAUCUACGACUAGGCUAUUUGUGAGGCCUUUUCCAUUCGAUGUGCAAGAAUCUGAGUUGAACGAAAUUUUCACUCCAUUUGGAAACAUGAAGGAGGUGAAAAUUUUGAACGGUUUUGCGUUUGUCGAGUUCGAAGAAGCUGAGUCUGCUGCAAGGGCCAUCGAAGAGGUUAACGGGAAGACGUUCGCGAACCAGCCUUUGGAGGUUAUGUUCUCGAAAAUACCACCAAAAAGAUACCGUAUUGUACUCAGAAACUUGCCCGAGGGCUGCUCGUGGCAGGAAUUGAAGGACUUGGCGCGUGAAAACAACUUGGAGACUACCUUCUCUAGUGUUAACACGAGGGAUUUUGACGGCACCGGUGCGCUUGAGUUCCCAACCGAGGAAGUCAUGAACGAUGCGUUGGAAAAGUUGAACAACAUUGAGUUCAGAGGAUCUGUGAUCAGCGUCGAGAGAGACGAUAAUCCUCCUCCUAUCAGAAGAUCUAACAGAGGUGGUUUCCGAGGCCGUGGCGGUUUCCGAGGCGGCUUUGGCGGCGGUUUCCGAGGCGGAUACGGCGGGCCAAGAGGCGGAUACGGUGGUCCAAGAGGCGGCUUCGGCGGGCCAAGAGGCGGUUUUGGUGCCCCAAGAGGCGGCUUCAACGCUCCAAGAGGCGGCUACGGCGCGCCAAGAGGCGAUUACGGUGCUCCUCGUGGCGGCUACGGUGCUCCUCGUGGCGGUUAUGGUCCUCCACGCGGUGGUUACGGUGCUCCCCGUGGUGGUUACGGUGCUCCCCGUGGUGGCUAUGGCGCUCCUCGUGGUGAUUACGGCGCACCAAGGGACUCCUACAGAACCAGAGAUGCUCCUCCACGUGAGAGAUCACCAACCAGACAGUGA